AUGCCGAAUACGAGAUCUCAAUCGAAAGCCGCCCCGCGCAAACGGGCGCGAUCCAACGACAAGGGCGUGCAGCCAAAGGCACGCAAAGCGCAAAAGACGCGAGCUGUCCAGGACGACGACGAAGAAUCAUUCCUCGGGAGUGAUGACGGUUUCGAGUCCUCGGAUGACAGCGACGACAGCGACGACAGCGACGACAGCAACGACGAAAUGGACGUGGAUGCAGACGACGCAGACGACGCAGACGACUCUGAUGAAGAGCCUGUGCUGCCGGAAAUCGACAGUGGGAGCGAUUUUGAGGACAAGAGGAGAGUCCGGCAAGAGAUCAAACUAUCAGACAUUCAAUACGAUCAAGAGUUGGUCAAUGGCUUCAAGGCUCUUUCGCGCGAGGAGCUCAAGAAGAUUGCCAUGGAUCAGCCGUCGAGAUUGGCUCGAACGGCCCGGAAGACGAAAAAGUUGAUGAAGGAGAAUUAUCCUGUGCUCGACCUACAGGAGUUGAGGAUGUGGACUUCCUUGGACACAGAGUACUCUGGCCGAGGCUGGACAAAGGAGAUGGAAGACAAUCUCCAGAAAAGGGCCAAGAAAGAAGCCCAAAUCAAGUACAUCAAGAAACUCAAGCCAAACCUCAAGUCUAUAUCCGCAUUCAUGGCAAUGUGGAAAAAGAUUUGCAGGGUUCUCAAGGUUUUUCCUACCGAUAUUAUUUCGCCGUAUGAAAACCUCGAAUAUGGCGCCGGAACUGAGGUUUACCUCAAGGAUAAGAAGGGAAAACAGAUUGGAAAGCCAUUUCCCGAUCCCAUCUGGAGUAAACGAUUUUGCGAUGAGCUGGUGGUCCUCGCGAUUGGUGGACCGUGGAUGGGCAACACGAGGCUCCUGACAUGCGUCAUCAAGUAUGCCAAGGCGUGCCAGGUCGACGAUCGCCGACAAAUGUCGUGGCAGCAUUUCACGACCUGUCGCUUCAUGGACUCUCUACAGUCCAAGCUUGAGAACACGAAUGGCACCAAGUCCAUUCCAAAACUGCACAAGGAGGUGCGGAGGGAAAUGGUUGCGCAAGGACUGUGCCUCCCGGCUUACUCGUCGCUGCUGCGGCAAGUCGAGAAAAAGUUUUACAAAGCUGAACAAGAUGCGAUUGCAGUUGGCCCAUAUCGUGUCAAGACUGGGGAUCUCCGCGACUUGGUCAAGGUGGUCCGCUCGGUCACGUCCGGGGCGCACCAGCUUUGGCCUUCUCUGCGAGAUGCUUCCAAGGUCAUAUCGACUUCCCGAGGAUCCACGGUUGAAUAUCCAGACGAAUUCGAGCAUGUCAUGGAUAUGUACAUGAAGAGCCUUGUUUCGUAUUGGAGAUCCAAGGAGGUGAAUGAACUUUCCCGGCCAACCCCGUCCGAUAAUGUGUCGGACGGCGGUUUGGCUGGGGGUCCACGUUCUGCGCCAGGACGAGAGUCAUCUCUCGACAGGCAGUUUUCAGAUCACCCUGGGGGUGAUUCUGUAGAUGAUGACGUCGAUAUGGCUACCGGUAGUCAUGAAGGAGGAUUCGAAUUCAGUGGAGACGAUUUCGCUGACGACAGUCCUGAACCUGAAAAUGAUCCAGCAUCUAAAGAUGGUGGCCAAGAAGAUGCUAAUCUGGAUGAUAGGCCAUUGAUUGAUGAGCCAGCACCACCCCGCCCAGCUGCUGGAAAGAGUUCUUCAAGUUUGGAGCCCGCGGAUAGUGGCCAUGUAGCAGAUAGAGAGGGCAUCGUGGAUGAAAACGUCCCAUUCUGUCCACGUCCAACAAGACUUCGAAACUUUCGACUAUCGAGUGGACCAAUGGAUAUGAAUUUCAAGCUUGGAAGCAGGAAGAGCAGGUUUUAUCCUGGGCCACCGGGUGGACUUGAAAUGCACCUCGAUUUCCUAGAGAGUCGCAAGGACUUUUUGAGGGGUAUGGAUGAGGAAGAAGCCAAGGACGAGUUGAGUUUGGAUGGCAAGUCUGCAUUGGUAGAUUUGGCUUUCAGGUAG